UUCCACUCUAAAAGUGUUGUUACUACGAAAAUAGGAAGAAAUCGAGAACAUUCCUUGACGAGCCACACGUUGUACCGGUCAUUGUGAUAGCAUCAGACGUACAUACGUACAUGCGUCGUAUGUAUAAACUAACACUCGGUCACGCGACGAUAACGCGCUGCAGAGUCGAGAGCAUGCCCAACUGUCGCUCGCAAUAAGAGCCUCAUCAUCUCUGCCGUCUCUCUGCACAAUGUUUGUCUGUCUAUCACUUCUAUUCGCUUUGCAUUUUCCAGCAGUAGUGAAGCUGGAGGGCAGCAACAGGUCGUCAGCUUUCCCAUCAUCGAACGACGUGCCGCUCGUCUGGAGUUUGUGGUCGACAUGGUCGGGGUGGACGGCCUGUUCACGCCAUUGCGGAGGCGGUGUGUCAAAGAGGAUGAGGGUUUGUUUGCACGACGACUUCGACGACAUUUGGAACAACAAACCGAGUAAUGGGAAGACUGACGUCGACGUUGUGUGUCCUGGAGAUGCGAGGAAGUACAAAUCGUGCAACACUCAGCCAUGCAACAAAGGAGAAGCAGAUUUCAGAGAGUUGCAGUGUUCGCUGUUCAAUGUGCUUCAAUUUCACGGCAAGCACUACGACUGGAUCCCCUGCACCAGUCAUUAUGACUAUGCCAGUGCCAAAAAAAUCAACCCGUGUGCUCUCAACUGCUAUCCUGAUGGACAUGACCGGUACAUCACCUUCAGUGACAGUGUCGUAGAUGGAACACCGUGUUUAUUAGACAAUGGCAAAUCCGGAGUCUGUGCCGAUGGCACAUGUUUGGCGACUGGUUGCAACAAGCUGAUUGGCUCAACCUUAGAGUACGACAAGUGUGGAGUCUGUGGAGGAAAUGGCAACUCUUGCUUCACUACUACCGCAAAAUAUAAAAACACUAUAUCAACAAGAGACUACUACCCCAUAUUUCUUAUUCCAGAAGGAGCAAGAAACAUUCAAGUGCUGCAGACGAGACAAACCAAAAGCCAUCUGACUGUGUUUAAUCCAAUCACAUUUGAGGCUUACAUCAAUGGAAACUGGACGAUAGAUCCACCGGGUUUGUACAACAUAGCAGGGACAAUCUUCGAUUACAGUAGAGAUGUCCCAUUACACACUCUGAAGCAAUAUGGCUUAGAGUCACUCCAUGCGCUUGGCCCAACCACGUGUCCAUUGAUAAUCCUAAUCUUAACUAAGAGGCGAGGACAUCAAUUUCACAGAUUCAAUAUCUCAUACACCAGACCAAAUGAAGACUAUGGAGCCAAAGACCCAUCAUUACAAUCUGUGUAUUAUCCUCAUCAGAGGUACUGGAGGUCACGCACCAAUCCUCUACCAACGAUGAAACAAGCAAAAUUCAAAGAGAACUUUAUGGGAUUUGAUGACGUGAAGUUACCCAUCGAAUUGCCUAUCAACCACUCGAUAGCCCUACCUCAAUGGGUAAAAGGUCCGGUUAGCAGCUGCUCUAAAUCUUGUGGUGGAGGUAUUAAAACGAUCACAUUCCAGUGCCGGCAAGGUAUCCAUCUCUUACACAAUUCAGCGUGCAACUCAACUGUUAAACCACACAAUCGAACUAAACAUUGCAAUACAAUGGACUGCCCACCAAGUUGGGAAUAUGGUUCAUGGAGCAGCUGUAGUCGAACUUGUGGCAAUGGGGUGAAAACAAGAACAGCUAAAUGUCGGCAAACAGCCUCAACUGUUGCCACACAAACCAUAUCAUCUGAAUGGUGUCGCCCUCGUGUGCACAAAUUGGCAUCAAACUGCUGUCUGUGUGCGGGCGAUGGCAUGCAAAAGCUGCCAUCCAAAUGCUGCUCACCAAGUCAACCAAUCACAAAAGAGAAUUGCUACGUGCAAAGGUGUUGGGGAAAAUGGAAAGUCAACGAAUGGCAGCCAUGUAGCAAUGUAUGCGAGAACGCAUUUCAGUAUCGUGACAUCGACUGUCUUUCAAACAAGACAGGACAGCAAUUGCCCUCGUCAGAUUGCAACCCCGAAACACAACCGGCUAGCAAGCGGCUAUGCAAACCGUCACCUGCAUGUGUGACAUACUGGUAUACAGGAGCGUGGGGACCAUGUUCGGUGAAAUGUGGCAAAGGAGUUCACACCAGAAAGAUAAGUUGUUAUGGCCAAGUUAAUUCAUCAGGCAGUAUAACCCAUCACGCCUUACCCAGCAAAAUGUGUGAUUCUCGAUCAAAAUCCAAACUAGCGACAAAAAACUGCACAAAACAUGCUUGUAGUCCCGACUGGGUGACCGGCAGUUGGUCGCAGGUAAUCACCUCAAAUACAGUAGUGGACAAAAGUAUUUGCCGGGCAAGGGUUUUCAGGAUGUUUGUGUUUUAACCUAGGUGUGUUGAUCAGUAGUGACCUGACGAAUAAUUAGAACCAACAUCUGAGAAUAGAAUGAUAUGAAAUGCUUCAAAAUAUCCCUCUUCCAGUGAUAGGACUCAAUACAGUUUUUUGAAACCGGUUCAGAGAAUACCAUUUAUGAUUACUAUAGUGACUGAAAUUGGACAUUUUGACCCACAAUAGUGCUAAUUGGUACAGAAUUGAGUCUAAAUCAGUUGGUUGUUGCAAUUUAAGAUUACCGUUACAACCUAGUUAAAAGCCAAUUAAGUUUACAUUACAAUUUAUCAAAGCAUAUUCAAUGCAAACAAUAUUUCAACCUUUGAAAACAAACUAAUUUAUCAAUUUAUGCUCAUAUCAGCACUUACUUCCAUUCUGUAGGCCAGAAUAUGAUGAAAAAUCAACAAAAACUACCCGGCAAAUACUUUUGUCCACUACUGUAUAUGAAACGUACUAUACUAACAGGGUGUGUGUGUGUGGUAACAGUGCUCAAAGACCUGCCACACAGAUGAUCACGAUAAUUACCAACAGAGGACAGUCGAGUGUAUGACUGACGGUAGAUCUUCUCCUGGUGAAUGCGAUUUAGCAUCAAAGCCGUACAAAUACAAGCAUUGCGCUCAGUCU